UGUUGCGUGGUGGUGGGUCGCUUCGUGAAAAGCAGCAAAGGAGCGAAAGUUAUUUUCCGUUUUCGUGCCCGGUUUCGUCCGUCGCGGUCGAGUGCAAACAUUCAGGCAGUUGCGUCAGACAGAUAGUUUAUUUUAGCACCGUUAGCGGUACGGCCGCACUUCCGUCUUGCCUCGUCAACGCAACAACGCAUACACACGUACAUAUCUCGAGCGUUGGCGAAGUGCCCUCUCCGUAAUCCGCAACAGGCUGAAUGACCUUCGGGAGGCCAGUUUGGAGCGUGCGAUAGCCUAAAGCGAGAAUCUAUUUCCCGGCGACCACCGGUAGCCGCCUCAACGAACGAUGCUUUCCACUACCGGAGAGCCGUUUGCAUUUCUGUUGAAUUUUUGAUAAGACAACGAUCCAUCGUUCCGGCCGACAAUGGGUUACGAUUAUGAGCUGUUGCAGCAGCAAGAUUCCUCCGAGCGAACACAACCGCCGGCGGGAGCACGCCGAAAAGGUGGUUCCGGCGGAGCCAAGUCGGCCGGCAGCAACCUCCGUUUUUCGUUUAUCUGCCUCGUGGUCAGUGCCUCGCUGCUGAUCUUCCUGCUCGGUGCCUACACAGAUUCGUUCCAUCCGAUCAUCGAUGGCAUUGCCGGCCGGCUUGGGUACCACGAGAAAAUCUACGCCGUCGUAAUUGAUGCCGGCUCGACGGGGAGCCGCGUGUUGGCGUUCGAGUUCCACCAUGGUUACCUCGAUGGGCGGCUCGUCCUCGACUACGAGCUGUUUCAGCAAUCCAAACCGGGCCUAUCAGCGUUUGCCGAAAGGCCGCUCGAUGGGGCCGCCAGCAUCGGAAAGCUGCUUGAUGCCGCCAAAGGAGUAGUGCCUUCUGAAAAACUAUCUCAAACUCCGCUCGUCCUGAAGGCGACGGCCGGGUUGCGAUUGCUGAAGCCCGAACAGGCGGAAGCUCUGCUUGCUGCCUGCCGGGAACUGUUCCGCACGUCCGGGUUCCAGGUGGACGGCCAGGCGGUGGAAAUCAUGGACGGUACGGACGAGGGUAUCUUUUCAUGGUUCACCGUGAACUUCCUGCUGGGCAAGCUGAACAGUCGCAGCACGGUAGCGGCACUCGAUUUGGGAGGCGGCAGUACGCAGGUCACUUUUGCACCGAAGGACGUUUCGCAGACGCCACUGUACGCCGCAUUUAUGCACCGAGUUCCAACGCUCGACUCGUACGUUGAGGUGUUCACAAACAGCUACCUCGGCGCCGGACUGCACGCGAUACGGCACGCCGUAUUUACGCAUCGGGUGGCCGAGAAUGAGACGAAGCUGGCAAGCGAAUGUGUUAAUCCGAUCAUCAAGAACAAGCUGUUCCGCUACGGAACCGGUCAGUACUAUGUGAGCGGCAAGGAGAACCCGAGGGCAACGGCCGAAAACCCGGUAGUCGAUUACGAGCAGUGUGCGGCCAUCGUUAGAGAGAAACUGUUGCCGACACUGAAACCCAAACCGGUCACGCUGAAGCAGCACGAAAUUUCGGCCUUCAGUUACUUCUUUGAUCGUGCGAUCGAAACGGGGCUCGUUGACCCCAUGCAAGGUGGUGAAACGACGGUCGGCGAGUUUGUCAGCAAAUCGAGAGAAGUGUGCGCCGAGGCGAACACGGAUCAACCGUUUAUGUGUGUCGAUCUCGUCUUCAUCUCUACGCUGCUUGAGGAAGGCUACGGAUUGAAGGCAAAAACACCGCUCAAGCUGUACAAAAAGAUCGAUGGACACGAAAUAUCGUGGGCGCUGGGAUGCGCAUAUAAUAUACUGACAAGCCGAGAAAGCGCUAACAAAAAAUAGGGAAGGCAACACGACGUGCCCUUGAUAUCACGCUGCAUUUUCAUCCUGCAGUUACGGUGAAGAAAGAGUGAACACACGCCCAGAAGCAGGACGUACGAUCAUUGGACGGCAGAAAAGAGAUUGCUUUUCUGUGCUUAAUUAACUGUCUAGCUAAUGGCAUAACGAGUGAUCGAGCAUCCGACACGAUAACACAAUCAGAUAACUAUCGCCCACCAACGGAUAGAACGCAGUGCAUCAACGAAACGAUAGCUCCUCGGAAGGAAAGAAAGUACAGAGCAGAGAGAGAUAUUAUUUUUACAUCUGAUAUACACACGCAGGAUUGCAACUUUUUACAAUCAUCAACUUAACUAUUUUAUGCGACUACAGAUCCACGUCACGGAUUCAAUGGAAGCGAGCGGAAGAAGAGCUGAAGUGGGAAAUUUUUAUUCGAUGGACGAAAUGAACUUUACACUAAGCAGGUUGAGGUGACGAAGACGAAGGAAUCCGAUUGUUAUACAAAGGCACUUUAUUUCAAGGAAAGUGUUCAGCCACGCACUGUGAAACUAUUUUAUACACAACACGCGAAUCAAUCUACCAACCGAACGAAAUUUUACCAGCGAAAACGUGCGCCAUAAAGUGCGUGCACUGUUUAAAACACGAUGCCUUUGUUUCUGGUGUGUUUUUAUGCUGCCAAAAGACAUACGCUCCGGUUCUGGCACGCCCGGCCGCAGCAGCUUUUUCCAUUACUUUCGAGAGUGGAAUGGAAUUUUAACGGAAUACUAACGAACAGAAACUAGUGGAAAGUCUUUGCAAAUCUUUUUGUAAUAAUCUAAUAUCCAAAAUGUGCCUUGUUUACGUGACAUGAAGAAAACGCAACGAUAUCAGUACGAUCAGGCGAUCGAGUAGAAGGAAAGACGAGAGAAACGUUUCAAAACCUCAGCAAUAAAACGUCAGUCAGUAUAUCAUUUUAGAUAAUUCGUAGCAAAUAGAUCGCAAUUAGCACCGAGCCGUGCUUCUUGCUCCGAGAAGGAGGGACAGGUAGAUGUGUAGAUCAAUGGCAACUUCGAUGAGCGAUAGUUAAGCAUGAAGGUAAAGGAAGUAACCUCCCACCGUGAGGCUAUCGUAGAAACUGAAUGUUAAUGUGUUACACUGGCUAGAUACCUUUAUUGCACCGAUCCCAUUUCCGCACAAAACCCACCCUUCAAAGUAGCGCAUUUUGCCAAUACUGACAAAAUGGCAAUCUAUUGGCACACUCCAUCCGAUGCGGCACGUCUGUGUGUUUGCGUGUGUAUGAUAUUUUGUCCUUCAUCCUAUUGUUGUUGUUGAUGUUGUUAAAUGGAAAAUGGCAAUACACUUAGAGAAGUAACCCUAACGAGCCAGCCUACGUUGUGGGCCGUAUUGCGCUCCUAAUGCGAGCGGUCACCGUUCGCACACUGUCACAUUCCCUUUCCACCAUAACACGUUACCGCCCGUCAUUGUCGAUGGACAAUCAAGGAUUUAGCACCCAAAUCGUUUCCGCGUAUAUUUGUGUGCGUAUCAUCAUCAGCACCUUGCUAUGCCCUUUUAUAUGCACAAGAGUUCACUUUAGAUGAUAACGAACAUACUAGAUGGCAAACGUGCGUUUAUGUCAGUUUAUGUCGAUUCUAGGCGUAGUUCUUAGUAGGCGUGAGCACGUACCGCCUUCGCGUGACAGCAUACUAAGUAGCAGAGUAGUGAAGUGAAGGAGUUAGGAAAAGUAGUACCGUUAACGUUUCAUCAGUACGACGAGACUCACUGCGAGUGAGACAAAUGUUUGUGGUGGUGAGAUCCGUGUGAUAUAAAGAGAAAUUUUCCGACAAAUCUGACGAAAUUGUGUAUAAGUCAUUUUCU